CUUCGGUAGCCUGUAGUGCUAGGUGUUAAUUGCUGAAAUGCGCACACGUGAUGCUAGGUCUUUCAUCCGCGAUCGUCCAACUAGGUCGACGAAAUCUGCCACUGCGACUAUGGCCCAAUUGCCUGAUUGCGAAAGCUUGCUCUCCACGACACGAAUAAAUCGACUUCUUAGACCAUUGCGCAAUAAAUGCUCUACUCUCGCAGUUUUAGGCACACGAACAGCGUCAUUGUCGGGAUGUACAACCACCUAUUCAUCUACCAAGUCCUUCACACAACCAGACAUCCCACCGUUACGCAUUCUUUCUCUGCCUGCAAGCACCACUGGUCUUGACGAAACAGGCGGCGAGUGGUCUCGUAAAAUUUACGCCGUUCGUAAUGCUUUCAACGAUAUUGUGGAGAAAACAGCAGGGCCCCGCGUACAAUCUGGAGGGGAUAGUAUACCAAGGCUGCCUAGUCUAUCUACACUGUGCGCUUUGGUGAUUGGAGAGCACGCAGAGCCAGAUAUUGAAGAGGAUACGACUCGCUUUGAAGAAGAGUGUUCCGUCGAUGUCGUAGAAACUUUGUAUAAAGAGAUCCCAGCCUUAUAUCGGGGUUCCACUCUAGUUUCCCACUCCCUGCAUAUCAUCCUUGACGAGUGUCCACUCACUCCGACACUACUGAAACUCCUCCUCGAUAUAACCCUUAACAAUAAUCUGGUCCAGCACUCCGAAAUCAUUCUACGUCGAUAUCUUUUAAUCGCACUUUCCCCUUCAGCCCCGACUCGUUCGCCGCCAAUUUGCCACCCUGCCCAUUCUAAUUUCUUGGUCGAAUUAUUGGGUUACUGGGAGCAGAAAAACAACCCUUCGUGCGUGUUUUUCAAAACACUCGAUGAGACUAUGGCAACGGUGGGGACUUAUGAUAUAUGGGUAUGCAAAGCUACAAUCAAGCUACUUCUUGAUUGUCGAAAAGAUCCAUUGCAGCUUACAUCUGUAUCUGGCAAUCUUGUCCGAUUUAUAUCAAGACCCGAGUUACAUUUACCUUCGAGACAAUUCAGCGUUAGCGCAAUGGCCCGUGCAUCUCCUACGGAGACCCUGCGACGAUCGUUGCGGGUUUGGUUGGAAUGUGUACUGCAUUAUCUGCUUUUGUCUUCUCAGUCAGUUGAUCUCCACUGUUUUUACGAUUUCCUUUUGGUGUGCAAAGAAUGCUGGAUACACCUCGCACCCGACAUAUCAACUACCGUCCUACCGUCGCCAGAACAGGAUGCUGUGUCCGCAAUUGUCAGCGUUACGACUCUUCUGUUAUCUCAAAGAUUGGUUGCAAGCCACUCUCUUUUUCAAAUACUUUCGGAGAAGAUCCGUCCAUCGACGACUCUAUUUUCUCUCUUAAUUUCGAAAACAUUGGUUUCGUCCGCUGGUCUACCAGAAUGCAUCGAACGUAUACAAACCUACGGGGCAUCUUUACGCGAUCACGGUUUUCUGGAGCUAGAGGUUUCAAUGUGGGCAUCUACGCUCAGAGAAGUAGAAAAUUCUGAGCUUCUGCUCCAACGUUACGCUAAAGAUGCUCUGCAUGAGUACCGUAACGUACUAAUAGAUCGCGUGGAAGACGCGGAAAAACGAUGCUAUGGUUCUCUAGAUGGUGGCCUUCUGGAUAUAAUGAACUCUCCUUCCGUUCAACGACAAAAAGGGUGGGGAGACAUGGCGUCUGGGCGCUCAAAGUCCAAAGAUACUCGGCGAAGACAACGUCCGCACUCGAACGAAAACCAAUACCGCGUUGAGACGCGCUCCUCAAAUCAGGGCUCAGCUUGUCGAAAUGAUCGGGGGUCUACUCAUCCAAACAAACGACCACGUCUGAUGCCUCACAGGGUAUCAUCAUUUACCUCUCUUCUAUCAAAUGCUCUAUCAAACCACGUUGUUCUGCAUGAGGAAAGAGAUCAUUUGGAGAAUGGACUGGUGAAUCGCGAGUGUUUGAAUGACAGAGUAGAUGUCGUAGGACAUUUACAAACGGACGUUGGGAUAGAAGACCUAUACGGGGAAGAUUUCGAGUGCCUCGUUCCUUCCUCAGACGAUUGCUUGGAUUUAUUAGCAUAUGGCAUCUCAUCCCCUGUUUGAUUUACUCUACGAGUAACCUCUUAUUUGCGAUAUAUAUGUUCCUAUCAGUAUUUCGGGUGCUCAAGGGUGCUCAGCCCUAAAUCGCUGCUGUAUCUUGAUUCUUGCUGUU